GAGCGGCUUCCGGCCGCGCCGCAGGAAGCGGAAGAGCCGGGAAGAUGGCGGCGGGGAGGGCUCGGGGCAGGCGGGGGAUGGCGGCCGCUGCGGGGAGCCCUCGGCUCCCGGCCUGGUGCGGGCCGCUGCGGGGGCUGCUCCUCGCCGUGCUGGCGGCGGGCUCCUGCCAGGGGAACUCCGUGGAGAGGAAGAUCUACAUCCCCCUGAACAAGACGGCGCCGUGCGUUCGCCUCCUGAACGCCACCCACCAGAUCGGCUGCCAGUCCUCCAUCAGCGGGGACACGGGAGUGAUCCACGUGGUUGAGAAGGAGGAGGACCUCAACUGGGUUCUUGCUGAUGGCCCCCACCCACCCUACAUGAUAUUGCUGGACGGGAACCUUUUCAACAGGAAGGUACUGAUGCAGCUGAAGGGAACCUCCCGAGUGUCAGGCCUUGCCGUGUCCAUUGCCAAACCUAACCCUCCCCAGGGGUUCUCUCCUGGUUUGAAGUGCCCCAAUGACGGGUUUGGUGUCUAUUCCAAAGAUUACGGCCCUCAAUAUGCACACUGCAAUACGACUGUGUGGAAUCCUGUGGGGAGUGGGCUUUCAUAUGAGGAUUUUGACUUCCCGAUUUUUCUGCUUGAAGAUGCCAACGAGACUCAAGUUAUUAAGCAGUGUUAUCAAGACCAUAAUGUCCCUCGUGAUGGAUCUGGCCCUGAGUACCCUCUGUGUGCCAUGCAGCUUUUUUCCCACAUGCAUGCUGUCACCAGCACUGUUACAUGCAUGAGACGCAACUCCAUCCAAAACACGUUCAGCAUUAACCCAGAGACCGUAUGUGAUCCGCUUCUUGAUUACAAUGUGUGGAGCACCUUGCAACCUAUCAAUUCCUCUGGAAAAGUCGAUCGCGAGCAGGAAGUUAUCAUUGUCGCUACACGAAUUGACAGCCAUUCCUUCUUCUGGAACAUUGCACCCGGGGCAGAGAGUGCCGUCUCCUCUUUUGUGACCCACUUGGCUGCUGCUGAAGCUCUUCAUAAAGCGUCAGAUGUUCAUUUGCUACAAAGAAAUAUAAUGUUCACCUUCUUCCAAGGGGAGACCUUUGAUUAUAUUGGCAGUUCACGAAUGGUGUAUGAUAUGGAAAAAGACAAGUUUCCUCUCCGUUUGGACAACAUUCAUUCAUUUGUGGAGUUGAAUCAGGUGGCUCUAAGGAACGGCUCCGUUUUAUGGAUGCAUACAGACCCCGUCUCUUGGAUGAAUGAAUCUGUUCAAACACAGGUUAGAAACCUGCUCGAUAUUCUGCGUAAUAGCAGCGUGGGAGCAAAUGUAACUUUGCAGGAAGCUGGAUAUUCGCAGCCUCUUCCUCCAUCUUCCUUCCAGCGCUUCCUUCGGGCCCGGCACAUCCCCGGAGUGGUCCUAACUGACCACCAGGCUGCCUUCCAGAACAGAUACUACCAGAGCAUGUACGACACUCCAGAGAACAUCCGGAUGCAAUACCCCGAGGGGCUUAGCCCCGAGGAGACCUUGGAAUAUGUCACAGACACAGCCAAGUCCCUGGCAGAAGUUGCCACAGUGGUCGCCCGUGCUCUCUACCGGCUUGCAGGGGGAGCCAACAACACCUCUGCUAUUCAGGCAGAUCCAAAAACGGUCACUCGAAUGCUUUAUGGGUUUCUGAUUAAAAUGAACAAUUCCUGGUUUCAGUCCAUCAUUAAGCCUGACCUAAAAGGGAUUCUUGGUGAUGUUCCCCAGCACUACGUCGCUGUUUCCAGCCCUGUGAACACCACCUAUCUUGUGCACUAUGUUCUGGCCAACCUCACGGGCACUGUUGUUAACCUCACCAAGGAAGAGUGUUUGAACCCUGAUAAAACACCAAACGCUGAGAAAGAACUGUAUGAUUAUGCCUGGGUGCAGGGUUCUCUGGACCCUAACUCGACAACACGAGUCCCCUACUGUGUUCGGUCAACUGUUCACCUAAGCAAAGCGCUCUCUCCUGCCUUUGAGCUGAGGCAGUGGGGAUCUACAGAGUAUUCCACGUGGACAGAGAGUCGGUGGAAGGAGAUCCGCGCCCGGAUAUUUCUGGUAGCCAGCAAGGAGCUAGAGAUAAUCACUUUGGUUGUGGGCAUUGCCAUUCUGGUCUUCUCCCUCCUCGCCACGCAUUUUAUCAACGCCAAAGCGGAUGUACUUUUUAGCAUCCCUCGGGACCCUGGGGCUGUGGCUUACUGAAGACGCUCUCAGGGGUUGAGAAGUCUUAGUCCUUGGAUUGCAAUUGUCAAAGAAGAAA